AUGGGUUGUUUAUUUCUUAAAGAAUAUUCAAAACAAUUGAAAGACUUGGCAAAUGAGAAGAAAAGAGGACAUAGUUGGGUACAUCCUCUUUGUGACAUAGAUAAGGGCAUAAAACAUGCUUUUAGCAAAAGUAAUACCAUUAUGGAAGAAUCACCUCAAUGCAAAGGUACUAAUGUUCCUAAUUCUUGUUUUGUGUGCACAGAAGAAGGAGGUUAUGAUGAUUGCAAAAUUGGCGAUGACAAAAUAGAGGACAAUGUUAAACCACUACUCCAAAAGGAACAAACCCAUAUGCAACAAACUUUGGAGAAUACAGUCUGUCCCAUCCUUCUUACGGAUCUCCUUACCCCUUUUGUUCCUUUGGCUCCUGUCUCUAUUGGCCUUUCUGCUAUGGCUUAUUACCUUUGGAAG